AUGAGAGUAGAUAAUCAUAGGUUCUUAGCUGAAAUAAGUGAGGUCUUAACUUCCAAUAAUGGGAAAAACUCCAUCUACUUAACUCAAAAGAGAUUAAAGCCAUCGUUAGACCUUGAACCUACCACAAAUACAGAUAAUACAACUCCAAAUGAAGAUCAAUAUCCAAUUUUGAUUAGAAUAGCUAUGAAUGGUAAAGAAAGAAAAGAUCAUAAGAAAGAUAAGUUCAAGUUAUCUACUGUGGUUGAAGUAUCCCAAUUAGAUUCAUUUUGGCAAGAAUAUAUUCAAAUUAUUAAAAAUGGAUUUGUAGGAUUAAGGAAAAAGGAAAAGAAAAAGAGUAAAAAGGGUAAAGUAAGUAAGUAG